UCAGGAGUAGUAAAGGCUGGUUUUGCUGGAGAUCAGAUCCCAAAAUAUUGCUUCCCGAACUAUGUGGGUCGUCCGAAGCAUGUCCGGGUCAUGGCUGGGGCAUUAGAAGGAGAUCUCUUCAUUGGACCUAAGGCAGAGGAGCAUAGGGGGCUGUUGUCCAUCCGGUACCCCAUGGAACACGGUAUUGUUCGGGACUGGAAUGACAUGGAGAGGAUCUGGCAGUAUGUUUAUUCCAAAGAUCAGUUGCAGACAUUCUCAGAAGAGCAUCCUGUUCUCCUGACAGAAGCCCCUCUAAAUCCCAGCAAAAACCGGGAGAAGGCUGCUGAAGUUUUUUUUGAGACCUUCAAUGUUCCAGCUCUCUUCAUCUCCAUGCAAGCUGUCCUCAGUCUUUACGCCACAGGCCGCACUACAGGAGUGGUGCUCGAUGCAGGGGAUGGAGUGACACAUGCGGUACCCAUCUAUGAGGGUUUUGCUAUGCCCCACUCGAUCAUGCGGGUUGACAUUGCUGGGCGGGAUGUUUCCCGUUACCUCCGCCUGCUGCUACGAAAAGAAGGCUAUGACUUCCACACCUCAGCUGAGUUUGAAGUGGUCAAGACAAUAAAAGAGAGAGCUUGCUACUUGUCCAUCAAUCCCCAGAAGGACGAGGCUCUGGAGACGGAGAAGGUGCAAUACACACUGCCUGAUGGGAGCACUUUGGAUGUCGGUCCAUCCCGAUUCCGAGCUCCUGAGCUGCUCUUCCAGCCAGACCUAAUAGGAGACGAAAGCGAAGGAAUCCAUGAAGUGCUCGCAUUUGCCAUCCAGAAAUCUGACAUGGACCUGAGGAGGACGCUGUUUGCGAACAUUGUCCUGUCUGGGGGGUCUACACUUUUUAAAGGCUUUGGGGACCGACUGCUCAGUGAAGUGAAGAAACUGGCUCCAAAAGAUGUAAAAAUUAAGAUCUCAGCUCCUCAGGAGAGGUUAUACUCUACGUGGAUUGGUGGCUCUAUUCUGGCCUCCCUGGACACUUUUAAGAAGAUGUGGGUGUCCAAGAAGGAGUACGAGGAGGACGGGUCACGGGCCAUUCAUCGGAAGACCUUCUAGGGUGGGGUGGGGGGUGGCGGCAAAGCAGCUGGUGUCCUUGGGCGACUCAUCCAGGUUGUGUCUUUUCUCUCUUAACCCUUUCCUGUCCAGGGCUGCUCCCUCCUUGUUGGUUGGGGCCAAUUCCUGCCUUCCUCCUGGGCCUCAUGCUUACCUGUCUUAGUGCCCUGUCCACUGCAUGUUGCUAGCAUGUGCCCCUUGGGUGGGAGGCACAGCUGUAUUUUUGAGGCCUUGGCUGUGGUGGAGGAGGGCAGUGGCCCCAGCCAGGAAAGGAACUCAAGGCUCCAUUCUUCUUCCUGGCCUGUUCCACAGGAAAAGCACCAUGUAAUCUGUAACACUGAUGCUCUUUGUACCAGCUGGUAGGAAAGCUGCUUCAUGCCUGUUAUAUCCUGUGAGACAGAGGCCUGCAUGGGCUUCAGUGUGAUGGAGAAUUCUUGGAAGGCUGCAUCUGGCAAAGAAUAAUGAAUCUGUAGAUGCGGCUGCCUGUGGCAGCUGCAUUGAGUGCUUAAGCCAUAGCACAGGAGUUGUCCUAGAUCCAGCAUCUCUCUCUCUCUCUCAGCCUGUUGCAUCUAAACAUGGCCCUGCUUAUAUGGCAGGCAGCUAGCCACACUAAGCAUUCUUCAGCUGGCCUAUGAGUGGGACCCAGCCUCUGGGCCUUUCAGUGCUGUUGGUGCCAAGGUUCUCAACAGCAGCUGAAGAACUACCUUAGCACAAGCCCCCACCUUCCCCCAUCCAUCUAAUCAUAGUGAAAGAGAAAGGGCCAGUCCCUUGAUGGACAGUGUGCUUAAUCAAAGCUUCACUACGGUUGCUGCGCAAAGGUGUUCUCUUCCUUCCUGUGGUCUAACCACACAGGGGACUAAUGCUGUUUACAUUAAUGCUGUCAGUCUAGGCUUGUGAAUUUCAUAGGGGGAGGGGUAAGAUCUAGAGAUUUCUCUGGUGGUCAGAGAAGCUCUGGGUAGCUUUCAAAACUGCUGCUGGGCCUAGCCAGACAUUUCUUAUGCAUUAGUUCUGUCUCUCCCCCCUCCCCUUUUUUUGAGGGUUUCAGAGGCUGGUGCUUUACUGCUGAGACAUUCCUGUGUUGGAUAAAAUAGUGUGGCUGUGACACCUGGCACCAAUCCCCCCCCCCCAACCUCUUUUCCCUUCCUCUGAGAAUGGUUUCUCAGACCAGUGGCACUUCUUUGGUUAAUGCCAAGCUGGUUGUGAUGGUGGCAGCCAUGCUUGGUAAGGACUGAACACCUCUGCCACUUUACCAACUCCUGCUCCAUCUCGUCAGGCACUUUAUUCGCAAAGCUGGACUGGGAGGGUGGGGGAGGGGCCCAAAACAAGUUUGUGUGGCCAGCCAGGGGCAGAUAAAGUGGCAGGGGAAAGUUCAGCUCAUGUUGCCCACAUAACUUUAGAUCUAAACAGGCAACUCCCCCCUCCCUUCCACUUAAAAGAUGAACAAGGUACAUGUUAGCAAACCCUGUGGUUGUCCCUGUGGGAGCUCAUUUGGCUUAGUUUGUUUAAGCAAGAGAGUUUCCCUUCUGCUGUUGGGAGCAACAGAGGUGCUUUCUCUGUUCCUGUCUAAGCUCUGUGCCCUAUAUCAACCACUUCCUUCCAGGCAGUUUGGGUAGUGCUUUCUUGCGCAGUGAUGACCGUGGCCAUAAUCUGCCUCUCUGUUUUUUAACACACAUCCCAUACCCUGCUGGGUGACUAGAGAAUUGGGUAACGCCAGGGUUGCAAUACAGCAGGGGGUUCCACAGUAGCCAAAGUAUACAGCAGCAGAGAGGAUGGGAUGCUAGCCUUUCUGACUCUAGGUGCAUUAUAGCAAUUAGCCUUGGACUGGAAAGGGUUAAUUUUUUUUAAAAAAUGAAAACACAUUAAUUUAAAAGAACCCCCUGCUAAGGGGUGAGACUGUAUCCCCUCAAGGGGCAGUGGCUCUUGCCCCUCCAAGCGUGUGUGUAUAUUGGCUUCUUCAUAUUAUCUACCACCGAGAGCAAUCUAUACCAAAUGGAGGCAAGUACAAACACCCCGCCCCAUCCCUCCACCUCUCUGGACUGCAAUGUACAAUAAUUUAACACAGUUGCCUGUAUUUUUAUUUUGUAAAUUCAUUAUAGUAACUAUAAAUUAACAGACAGUCGCUUUGUGUGUGUCGUCUCUACAGUAAUCAGCAUUGGAAGGAAGGGCAAUUAAGCUGGGUUCUGCCCAUUAUCUUCCUUGUACUAGUAAUACAUGUGUUAUAAACAUGAUGUUUAUGAAGUUCAAAAGAAGGCAGGGGGAAAUAAAUGUGUAGCAGCCACGGACAAGAGAGCCACUUGGGACACUACAGAAGCCUGGCUUUUGAACAUGGGAGACUGUGCCUAAUCAUUUUGCUUUCCUUUUGUUCAUUCUUUCCCUUGUC